AUCACAUUUGUCUCAUUUCUCAAUCAAAUGUUUGCCAGCAUAAUUUACUACAACUUCUAAACACCCCUUUUGGCUUUCUAUGUUGUGUCUUCUCUGAAGUAACUCUUUUACUGAGUCCUACUAUUUUACAAAUUUUAGCUACGUACGUAACUCUAACAUCCAUAAAUAAAUAAUUAAUUUAUAUUCCCCUUGUUUUUCAACUUUCAACUUGUACCCAUUUUCUUGAUUAACUAGAAUUCUUUUGUGAGAAUUAUUUUAAUAUGUAUAAAGGAAGGUUUUCUGAAAACUGCAAAGAAUCAGAGGAUGAUGAUCUUGGGUAUGUUGAAACUGACCCUACUGGUCGUUAUGGACGUUUCGAGGAAGUUUUGGGAAAAGGGGCAAUGAAAACAGUAUAUAGGGCAAUUGAUGAAUUGCUAGGUAUGGAAGUGGCAUGGAGCCAAAUUAAACUUAAUGAUUUGCUUCAGUCACCAGAGGAUAUAGAGAGGCUUUACUCUGAAGUUCAUCUGCUUAGCACCCUCAAUCACCCUUCUAUCAUGAAAUUCUAUACUUCUUGGAUCGAUGUCGAGAAAAGGACCUUCAAUUUCAUUACUGAGAUGUUCACUUCCGGUACUCUCCGAGGAUACAGAAAGAAAUAUCAGCGAGUAGAUAUUCGAGCUGUAAAGAUUUGGGCACGCCAAAUUCUGGAAGGUCUGGUUUAUUUACAUGAACAUGAUCCACCAGUUAUCCAUCGAGACCUGAAGUGUGAUAACAUAUUUGUUAAUGGUCAUCUUGGACAAGUGAAGAUUGGGGACUUGGGAUUGGCAGCAAUUCUUCGUGGAUCUCAGCGAGCACACAGUGUUAUAGGAACACCUGAGUUCAUGGCACCAGAAUUGUAUGACGAGAACUAUGAUGAGCUUGUUGAUGUAUAUUCAUUUGGCAUGUGCAUGUUGGAGAUGCUUACUGGUGAAUAUCCAUACAGUGAAUGUGUGAACCCUGCACAAAUAUACAAGAAAGUGAUCUCCGGUAAGAGGCCAAGGGCAUUUUAUAAAGUUCAAGACUUGGAUGCACAAAGGUUUAUUAGGAUAUGCUUGGGGCCAGCAUCGAGUAGAUUAUCAGCUAAAGAACUAAUGCUUGAUCCGUUCCUGUUGAUUGACGAUGCUGAUGGUGAGUCGGUUACAAUGAUGCGACUACAAAAGGCUAUCUUGAAUGAUAAACUCGCUAUUGAGGAUCUCCACUUGAAUGAGGAUGUCCCAAGGACUAAUAUGAACAUCACAGGGAAGUUGAACCCUGAAGAUGAUACCAUUUUUCUUAAAGUGCAGAUUGCGGGUAAAGAAGGUGACGUUAGGAAUGUGUUUUUCCCAUUUGACAUUGUGACUGACACCACCACGGAGGUUGCAAAUGAAAUGGUGAAGGAAUUAGAAAUUACCGACUGGAAGCCAUGUGAAAUCGCUAAUAUGAUUGAUGGAGAAAUAUCCGGUCUGGUACCUCAGUGGAAGAAAUGGAAUCAGUUUGAAUCGGCCGAUUACCAUGUGCUAAGCUUUAAGGAUGAUGAUAACGAUCACCAUAACCCUUUCCAAGGUUUCUCAUCUUCUUCAUCUUCCCAAGUGUCAUUGUCAGGUCUGCUCUCCUCUCAAGUGAUUGACACAAACACCAAUGACCAUCAUUGGCUUUAUGGUGAUAUGUUUGAUGAUACCAGCUCUCAAAGCUCGUCGCACUCUGCAAACUAUUCCAACUUCAAUUACUUAUCCGAAGAUGAGAAUGAUCCUUUGACAACUUCCACAAGACAAAGCCAGCCAUCUGCUGCAAUCACUCACCACACUUCCCGGUUCUGCCCCAGGGAAAACUCAAUCACGGGGCAGUCUUUGGCAAGAACGUGCUACAAGCAAUGCAAAGCUAUGCUAGAAUCAAAAGGAACUUGUUCCACCUCUAAAGAGAAAGGCAAAGUUGAUGCGCGUAGACUAACAAGGAACAGGUCCUUAGUGGACAUGCGGAGCCAGUUGUUGCACAAGUCAUUGGUGGAGGAAGUGCACAAGAGACGAUUGUUCAAGACGGUUGGUGCUGUUGAAAAUAUCGGGUUUCAACAACCUUACGAGGAUUUGAAGAGGAGUCCUCGAUCGAUGAAUUGCACUUAUUCAAUGAGCUUGUCAAGUGAUGGUAAGGGACAAGGUUACAAAUCAAGAAGACAUUAAUUUUUAUAUGUCUAUACAUAUCUAAGCUUUAAGCAGAUCUAAGUUUUGAAGUAGCUAGGCAGCAGCUGGUGUAAAUGACAAUAAAAGUGUUUGUUCAAAUGCUGUACAUUUGUAUGUACCUUCAAGCAAUGCAAGAAUAACAACCUCUUGCAUUUUAUGGCCUAAUUUACUAUAGAGUAUCGUUCAGUUUGUGCCA